GACAAACGGAAGUAUUAUAUCUAGCUCGACGCUUACGCUGAUAGUCUCUCUUCUCAUUGGCUGACGUCGUGACGCCGUGCGUGCGUAGGCGCUUCCUCAACUUGACUAGCAGCAACAGCAAAAUAGAAGAUGGCUGGUCACCGGUUGGUCCUGGUGUUAGGUGACCUGCACAUCCCCCACCGGUGCAACACUCUGCCAGCCAAGUUCAAGAAGCUGUUGGUCCCGGGGAAGAUCCAGCACAUCCUCUGCACGGGCAACCUCUGCACCAAGGAGAGCUAUGACUACCUGAAGACUCUCGCUGGAGACGUCCACAUAGUCCGAGGAGACUUCGACGAGAACCUGAACUACCCGGAGCAGAAGGUGGUCACAGUGGGCCAGUUUAAGAUCGGCCUCAUCCACGGCCACCAGGUGAUCCCCUGGGGCGACAUGGCCAGCCUGGCGCUGCUCCAGAGACAGCUGGAUGUCGACAUCCUCAUCUCCGGGCACACGCACAAGUUCGAGGCAUUCGAGAACGAGAACAAGUUCUACAUCAACCCCGGCUCAGCCACAGGAGCCUACACCGCACUGGAAAGCAACAUCAUCCCCUCUUUUGUAUUAAUGGACAUCCAGGCGUCUACGGUGGUGACGUACGUUUAUCAGCUGAUCGGCGACGACGUCAAGGUGGAGAGAAUCGAGUACAAGAAAUCUUAAGAGGAGGAGGAGGACGAAGAGUUGGGUUAACAUGGCUCAGUGUCUCAUUUCAUUCCUUUCCACCAGGGGGCAGCAGCAGCCGCUCCCCUGCAGUCACCACAAUGUUGAUGCUGUAAUAAACUGUUCAGUAACUUAACUCUAAAAAAGACCUAUGUAUUAUAUUGUUUAUAUGUCAUCAGCAUUUGCUUGUAUCCGAGCUGUCACUGGGUUUCUGUAGAGAACGCAAUAAUGUCACAUGUAUUUGUUAUCAGAAGAAAUAUUUGGUGCCAUUUUCCUUCUUUUUUUUUUUUUUUUUGGUUUUUGUUAUUUUAGCCCUCGUCAUGUCCUGAACAUGUAACCACCAGGCCUGUAGCUUCAUGUAGUCGGCCUUUUUUCAUUCAUUUCUUCCCCACAAUAAAGAUCUAAUUUCACUCCA